AUGGUAUCGGAUUUUAUUCCGGGCAAAACUAUCGAUCCUCUUUCAGACUUUCAUAUUCAAAGACUCGCCGGCAUUCUCGAGUAUUUUCGCUCUAUUACCGCUGAUAGAGCUGGUAGCCUGUGUGGUGGCCCGUCGAUUGGCUUGCUCUGGCCAGAUACAAAUGAUCUGACCAUUAGCAGUGUCCAGCAAGUGGAGGAGUGGUUUAACAGCCGGCUUUUUCCCGGAGAUGGUAAGGUUCAUUUUGAUCCUAGCCAAUUGGUGCUCUGUCAUUUAGAUAUAGCCCCCCGAAACAUUAUCUGGUUGGAUGAUGGUGGUGUCUGUUUACUGGACUGGGCAUCAGCAGGAUUUUAUCCGAGACCGCUGGAAUUUGCCAGUCUAUUCUUUCAAGAAUAUGAUUUUAGUGAGAUGCUUUUCAAUGCCGUCAGCUUUCGCUCUGAGCGUGAUAAGGAAGAACAGCAGAAGAUCUGUUAG